UAAUCUCUCUCUCUUGUCUUCCUUUCUUAAACUAGGUUUGGGAUCUUGAUACUCUACAGUCUGUUAUGACACUAGAUGGUCAUACUGAUGCACCAAUGUCUCUUCUAUGCUGGGAUAAAUUUUUGUUAUCCUGUUCAUUGGAAAAGACUAUAAAAGUUUGGGGUGUUGCAGGAGGCAACUUUGAAGUAACCCAUACACAUAACGAAGAACAUGGUCUGCUUGCGCUUUGUGGGUUGAAUGAUUUUGGACAACCAGUAUUAUUGUGUGCUUGUAACGAUAAUUCUGUUCACCUAUAUGAUUUACCAUUAGGGCGAGUAUAUUUUCAAAACGGGAAGUUAGAGACAUUCAGGUUGAUCCUGAUGUUUUCACUGGUGAUGGAACCGGGAUGUUAAGCGUAUGGAAGUUGCUGGCAAAGUCCAGUGGACGAGCCUUCUCAUUAAAAUUUGUACAAGAAACAAGUUGCUGUAUAAAUUGCAGAGAUUGGCUGUAUAUGAAGAGGCAUAGAAAGAACUUAACACUGGGUUUUUAAUCCUUGGUGAUUAUUUCUAAUUUUUUUCAUGGAUUCUGCUUUUCAGUCUGUUCAAAUGUUUGUAGAAUUGUAUAAUUUAAUACUGGAAUAAAAUUAUGUUGUUAGCCAUCUCAUUCA